AUGUCCCCAUUACGUCCUUUCCACGUUGAAGAUGAUUCACAGUCUCCCUACACCAGAAGGACCGGCGGUGGUGAUAAUGAUGAAGUCAGCUGGACACUCGACCAGCCCCAGCCCUAUAAGGAUAAGUAUUUCCACGCCGACCUGUGCCGUCCAGUUCUCACCAUUUCAACCCGCAUAGAGAAGCCUAUAGAAAAGAUCAAGAGAGCAUCCCCAACAAUGAAGCCCGAGUUAUCACCAUACCAAGACCCGCUAGACCACACCCCAAGAACGACCACCCCCCCACCCGCGUACAUCACCAUCGACUUAUCUGGCAGCGCAGAAGUCUACGGCCUCGAAGCAUAUCCAUCCACAUACAAUGACGAAAGGCCUCAGCCCAUCUACGUUCCACCGCAGUCCACCGUCACCGUCACCGCCACUGUCUCAGAACCCGAACCCGAACGAAGACGUCGACAAUGUCCCCCCCUUUCCUCCAUCAUCACUGAAAUCGUCAUGACGGCCAUAAUCGGCGGGGCCUUUGCCCUCACAGUGGUCGCGAUUGUUUUCAGAGUGAAAGACGCAAAAGCCGCUGCCAAAGCUGCUUCUUGAAAGCCACGGUUCCGUUUUUCUGCCUGCUCUCAACCCUCUAGAUUAGUCUUCAGGGUAAUAAAUGUGGGUGAUGUGAUUGGGGGAUUAAGCUGGGUAGGGCUUUGCUCUGUUGGCUUCAGGAAUGGGGCCUGGGUUUUCUUUGCUCUGCUCUUCAUGACUUUU